AUGCCCGGUACACCCCCCGCCUCACCUGGACGGCCCACCCGCCCAUCAUCGUCUACUCCCACUCGUACCACCCCUGAUACAGUCCUCGACAACCCCGAACGAGAGGGCGUUACGAUGCCGGUGGUGCCAGGAGCAGUGGAUGACGAGGCAGACGCAGUAGAGAACGACAAUGAUUGGAUUCCCGGACGGCGCCUUUUCCCCUGGUCAUCAUCUCUGGUGCAUGACAACUGCACCUUCGACCUCGAUCCUGGGCACUGCUACGAUGAGGUCCCAGACGUCAAGGCGUACCUCGCUGUUCUAGGAUCAACGAAGCCUCUGAACCCAAAUGAACCCGCAAUCCCCUGGUACUGGCGGCCACCAGAGUCUACUCAACCGCUGACUGAACGGGACAGAGAGAUGAAGGGGCGCUGCGAGGCAGCAGUCCGGAGAGGGGUGCUUCAGCUGAUGGCGUCGCGCGAGAGGGCACGAGGCGCUCGGAGGUACUCGUUGUGGGAUCCAUACCCCUGGAUACCAUUCUCCUCCUUCGCCGAGGUCCGGCCCGGGUACGAGGGCGAGUUUCACAGCAACUGCCUCCCCCGUUGGGAUCUCGGCGAUGGGACCGAGCUUCGCCUGAGCAAGGACAUGAUCCAGGGAAACAUCAGGCUUCCUCUGGCCGGCGAUGGACGAUCUGAUCUCGCCCGCCUCUCACCAGAGAGCCCACUGUGGCCACUCUACAUUGCCGAGCUUUACCACGUCUCAGCGCAUCCGACCGCUCUCAUGGUUCUCACCGAUUGCAACCGCUACGACGAAUUGAAGGAUUGUACUGGGUACGGGGAAGCCAUUCGGGAGGACGUCGACACGAUGCGCCAAAUCUCUUACGAGUCCGUUCCAACCAUAGAGAUUCUUGAAGCCAUGGAAGUAAGGUAG